AUGGGCAGAGAGGGACAAGCGGAGGUGUCGGUGAUGCAUAUGAGCACAGAGAGCGCCCAUCAGUGCAUGGGGGUGUCGAGCACACCGCCGGGUGCCACGGAGUCCAGGCUAGGCGGGCGAAAUCCUGCAACCGGGCAUGGAAGGGCGUUUGCUGAGUUUCUGGGUCGCCUUGAGGCGCAUUCGCGAGGCCCUGGACAAAGCGAUGUUGCGGCGCAGGCUCAAAGUUCACUCCGUAUCGGUUGGGGAAGUGAAGCCCCAGGCGGUAUUUCUCCGCGCAACAUCAUUCGCUCUUCCGCCGGUGACAACCCCGACGCUAAUGGCGCCCAACCCAUCCUCGACAUUCUGCCCGAUGAAGCGCUUUCGAAGAAGCAAGCGAGGGCGAGGGUGCACCGACGCACGCAGCGACAGCUGCAGCUCAACAAGUUCAGUCAGAAGCGAUACAGGGAGCGCCAGAAGAAGCUUAAAACCCAAAUGGAAGAACAAUUGGCCGAACUGAAGCAACGCUGUGCCAUCUUGGAGCAAGCGAAACAUGAGAGGGAUGCUUUGGAGGACAAAGUUUGCCAACUGAAUUCCGUGGUUGAGAUACAACGAAUGUUCAUUGCUUCGCUUCAGAAAAGCUCAAACGAUUCACGACAGUCUGAUGGGCACGCUGGCACCACCUCUUCGUUGGCCAUCGGAUCCAAACUGCCAGUGGACCCACUGUGCGGGCAAAGAGACCGCUGCAGUCACAGUGCUCCAACGGCUGCCCUUCCCAGGCCUCCUCAUAUCAGCAGAAUGAGGUCCGCCGCAGCGCCAGCCAGUGCACCCUGCGCCACAACAAUGGCAACCUCCCAAGGGCAGGCGAUGCACACUUGCUUCCAUCCGAUUUCAAAUUCGAGCGCAUCGUCAGCAUUGGCGGAAAACGGUCUGCUUAUCUCACCUUGGGAGGCAACCUCGUCGGCGAAGACUCAGUGCAGAAGGGCGCAUGGGUAUCAUAUCGAGGAGGCCUCUCCUUCAAAGCUCGCGGUGGCUCGACCGUCUCCUCCAGGGAUGGAGGGGAAGCCACAGACCAGAUUUUCUGGAGAUGCUCUACAAAUUGAUAUUGCGAAUCCUGUGCAGCCGUCUGAGGCCCAUAUCAUGAUGGUUGAGGCUCAGCAGGCACGCAAAUCCAACCGCCAGGAGUUGAUGCAUGGACUGAAUCAGAUCACACACGAUCCUUGUAAUGCACGCUCCGAGAUACCUGAAACGGAGUGCGAGAUGCAUAUUAAGGAAGCAGACAUGGUCUCGAGGUCGUCGAGUGGUCUUGCGGGCAAUGGCGCUGAGGCCUCAGGUGUGCAAAAAUGGAUGACGCGUAUUGGUGAAGAAGUGCAGGCUAUUCACAAGCUGUUGUCCCAAAAUACGGCCUGCAUAAGGAGCGGUGCCCAGCUGCCAGAUGAGCUCGAGCAAGAUUUGAGAUACUGCCUCUCAGGAGUUCUCGAGGCUGCUGCACAAACAUCCACAUCAGAAGUGUCUGAUACCUGCACUUUUUUGCAUGGACCAGCGGUGCAUCAGGACCCUAGGGACUUACAGAAGAUGAGGAACUGCCUGGCAUUACUGAAUCUGAGACAAUCGCAGAGGGAAGUGAUCUGCAGAUUGAGACAGCAACAUUUUGCGCACCUUGCCAACGUCUAUGAGGAGAGGUCAAGGCUCAGCGAUCAAGCAUCAAGCGCUUGUAGUGGAAACCCGAACGCCCAAAAUGCAAUGGAGAUGCUGCAGAGGCGAAUGCAGCGCAACGCAAAGCGGGAGCGGCAAAUUGUUCUGGACAGUCUUCACAUGCUGCUGCUAAGCCUUCUGGAUCCAUUGCAAGCCGCCAUCCUAGUCAUAGACGCCUACGCCGGGGAUGUGAAUGUGCUAAACAUGGCAAUGACGCUAGCGUCAAUCGAAGGCACAAGUGUGGAGUGA